UGGUAUUCACAUCAUGUUAACUGAAUUAGGGUUCAUGCAAAUUAGUGGGUGACUUUGAUCCCGCACCUAAAUAUAGUGACCUUUGCCUGACCUCCACUAGCAUACGAACCCACGAGUUGGUCACCUAAUUAACGGCACCCAACUCCUUCUGCUAGAAUGCUGAGGAAAAUGGUUGUCUGCAGGUUAACGGUAAAAUGGAGAAGGAGAUGGAGUUACUUGAUGGGCCGGUGGAGGUUUCCUCCGACGAUGACGAAAUUCAAGAAUGGCCUGCAUCAAAGCCUUUGAACAGCAGCCCACUCCUCAAAACCAUCUUAAGUCAUACCCAAACCCCACCGGAGUCGCAGAGGAAAGAAAACAGCCACGGGGUUCGACAGGUAGGUGACACCUUAAAUGUGGCUUCUCAAGUUGUGAAGAUCCAACAACAGAUAGAUGACCUAAAGGCUAUAAUCGCAAAACAAGGGCAAUUCAAUGACGAUGUGCUCGAAAUGCUCCAGCAAGCCAUGAGUGGGAAGGACGGUUCACCAAUGGUUGGUAGCAACUCCUCGUACAUCAUUUGGUCUAAGAAUAAGGGGACGACUACAACGGAACCCCUGAACAAGCCGGACACCACAGGGCUAAGAACUUACAAACGGUGUAAGACCAGGACCAAGAACAACAGGAAUGAUGACCCGGAUUAUGAUCCAAAGUUGAAUCAUAUCACCAACUCAGACGAUGGAUCGUUCAAGUUCAGCCGAGGCAAGGGCAAAAAAAAGGUGUCAUUCAAGACUGCUAUGCCGAAGUCCGGUCCUAGGGGGAGGCGUAAUCUGUUUCCGGCUUCGAUGAGUUCACGUGGAUGUCACGAACCCAAAAUCUCGUAUGUCACGAACACGACCGUUAAGAUUGCUCGAGCAAGGAACCUUCAAUAGAAGUUCAUGCUGCAUCGAAACCUGGAUAGCAGUUUCAUGGCGGGAGACAUUGGUAAAACAAUACCCAAGGGUAUGCCGGUCUCGUUUCAACCUACACUCGACAUGGAGAUAGAAGGCUUACACUUGGCCAUCGCCGCCUACAUCUUUAACACAAAACUGGAUCAAGACAAAUAGCGACUGGGCGAGGACCUAUACCUGAAGCAACCAUUUCUGCUAUACGCAAGGACUUCAUGGGCUCGCUGACGAAGUGCUGAAGGUACGUAAACAUGAUUAAAUUUCUGCCUGCUGCCUACAUGACCAUCGUACAUGACUGAUUACACACUUUGUCUCUGGUAAUUUUGUGGUAGAUUUACUGCCCUAUGUGGUGCGAUAACCAUUGGUUUCUCGUUAUUAUUGACCUCU